AUGUCGAACAAUGCUGUUUCGCUUUAUCUCGACCCCCAGAUUCGAGACUGGGUCUUGUUUCCUAUUACGUUGGUGAUGAUUUUGGUGGGCAUCCUUCGACAUUAUGUUGUGGUGCUGCUGCAGUCACCGCCUAAAGUUGUCUCAAAAGCUGCUAUGCGCGAACAACGGGCAUUGACGCGCUCCCAAAUUCUCCGCGCUACUGCUUCCAACUCACCUAUACCCCCUUCAUACUACACUUCGAUAUCGCAACACCUUUCUGAUGCCUUUGCCUCUGGCGCAUAUCUCAAAGACGGACCACCCAAGGGUGAUAACGCAUCUGCACCACCUAAUCCCAUAACAGACCCAGCCGCCAUGGAUGGUAUGAUGGCAGGCAUGAAGACACAGAUGGUGAUGAUGGUCCCCCAGAUGGUCAUCAUGGGGUGGAUCAAUUUCUUCUUCCAAGGCUUCGUAUUAAUUAAACUCCCUUUCCCCUUAACACUGGGCUUCAAAUCUAUGCUCCAGCGCGGCAUCGAAACCCCUGAUAUGGACGUUCGUUGGGUCUCAUCACUCUCCUGGUACUUCCUCAACUUCUUCGGUUUGAACGGACUAUACCGACUCAUCCUCGGCGAUGCUAAUUCGGCGGAUUCUUCGCGCGAUAUGACUGCAUCUCCCUUUGCGGCAGGUGCGCCUGCUGCUGGCCCCCAGGACUUUGCCAAACUGUUCAAAGCAGAGAAGGACAAUCUUGAAUUUUCUGAAGGUCUUCAUAACUGGGUCGGAAACGAUGUAGAAAAUAGAGUUCUCCGGAAGUAUGGCAAGCUCGCGCCAGCUUACUGA